GGAAUCUGGGGGCGCAGGUGGUGAAAGGGAAAGUAAACCCGUCAUGCCUCGCGCUCCAAAAUGGCGAACUGCAACUGCUUUUUCUGCCUGCCUUCGCCUUCGGAGGGGAAUUCCUGGAAAAGCACAGCUCUGUGUUUGUUAGGCGGGGCGGCGCUGGCGUCUGCGUCCAUAGUGUUCGUCAGCAGAAUCUGGGAGAAAUUCAGACAGAAAAACACAGUGUAUCCAGAAGACACAGUAGUUCUGCAUCAGUUCCAGAGAGCCAAGCAUGUCCCCAGUCUGUCACCCUUCUGCCUGAAACUAGAGACCUUCCUCCGUAUGCACAACAUUCCAUAUAUGACAAUACUGGACAGUCCCUUGUCCAGCAAGGGAAAGAUGCCUUGGAUCCAGUUUAACCAGAGUCGAGUGGAGGACGCGACCUUCUCCAUCAUGUUCCUGUCGGACACGUUCCACAUCGAGGUGAACGGGAUGAGCGGCAGUGUGACCAGCCAGCAGAAGGCCAUGUCUCGGGCUGUCGUGUCUCUCGUGGAGGAGAGUCUAUACUGGACAGUGGCGUACUGCAGGUGGGUAGACCAUGUUGACCAGACCCGAGCAGAGCUGCCUUACGACGGAAUGCUGAAGUUUGUGGUGCCGUGGAUGAUGGCAGGGAUCAUAUUACGGGAGAUGUACGCACAUGGCAUCGGCAAGAACAGCAGGGAUGAGCUGUACAGGAUCAUGGAAGAAGAUCUCAAGGCCCUGUCAGACUUACUAGGUGAACAGUCCUUUAUCCUGGGGGAGCGUCCGUGCGAGGCAGACUGCUCGUUGUUUGGAGUGCUGGCACAGAUCAUGUGGACCCUUCCAGGCACCAGAGCAGAGGCUCUUGUUAAGGGUGAGUACAUAAACCUGGCCAACUACUGCAUCAGGAUGAGGGAACUGUUCUGGCCGGACUGGAGCAGGGUCGUCACCGAGAAACACUGACACAGCAGAGCAUCAUGGGACAUAGAGGAGCAUCAUGGGACAUAGAGGAGCAUCAUGGUACACACUGGAGCAUCAUGGGGCAUGCAAGUAGGAUUGUCAUGCAAACUGUGGACUUCUGGGUAGACGUACUACAUAAUAUGAAGACAUACAGCAUAACAUGGGUUGCCAUAGAAACAAAGAGAAAGUUGUAAAGGAAAGUUGUAAAGGACAGUGUAUCCUCCACUAAGACUUCAGUUAGACAGCAUCUUCAAAAUGUCUGUCCCAGAAACAGUGUACUGAGAUACACAUUACAGCUGCCUGUCAUGGAAAUACUUGUAGUAGUUCUGUCUGAACUGUUGCAUCAUGAGAGGUCAGUGUUGUCAGCACAAGCUGCAGUGUCCUGUUGGCUGAUGUCCUUGUCUGAACUGUGGGUUCUGCAGCUACAUGUGGUUACCUCAGCCGUGUGGACUGUCCAGACAGAGGGUAUAUACCCAACAAAGGGACUGAGAUAUACAGUUCCUUACUUUCAUUCUCAGACAUAGCAUCAUAGUUGGUAUUAGAGAAAAAAAAGCCUGACCCAUGUCCAUUUUUCUGUGGUAAUAGAUGUUGCGCAAUGCCAUCCCUCUGCCCUGGAUUUAGCACACUCAGACUUAUCAGUGUUAAAGCGUCCGCCUGUCUCCAUACACGGAUCAUGUAAAUCUGUUUUCCUUGUUGAACGCUGUUAAUUUCCACUUACUGCCCAGUUGUGCUGUCCUCAGGUGCCCAUUAAUCCUAUGUGUACAUGUACUUCCACACAUACCUGUGUUCAUGGUGAGGCAAUAGUAAAGAGAGUAUUCAGGGAUUAGCUGUAGAGCCUCACUAUGUAGAUAAAAGUCACCACCCCUGCAGGGAAUCUGUCCUUCUGUCUCACACAUCCCUUUUGUCAACAAGUCCUCCACUUUAACUUCUGGCUUUAUUCUGUAUAUACAUGUUUGAGAUAAUUUCCUCUCAAUCAAACUGUGACAUGCCUUCUGUUUUUUUAUUGUUGCCAUCCCAUCUUCCCCUGUGCCCUUAAGAUAUGUUGGUAGUAGGUAUAUAUUGUACACUAUACCAUACAGAAGCUGCAUUUCAACUCGUCUUGCUCUAGAUGCCAAAGGUUCCAUCAUCUUCUGACAUCUCUGUCCUUGUCAGCACAUAAUAACAAUACCUUUCCAGAGAUCUAGAAAGAGAAUAGGACCAAACAAGCUAUGUGCAUGAUAGAUGGCACAGUGUAAAUAGCACUUAUCUGUAACUCAUCUUCAUAUAUUAAUGUAUAUACAUGUAGACAUUAUCUCAAGUCAAUUACUAUCACUAUGCACUGUUGCUGUUAUGAUAAAAAUGCUGGUAGACAAAUUCGGCUAUGGUAACAUAAUAGAGAGCAUACAUGGCUAUAAAGUCUAACUGCUACAUGAUUCAUAUGACAUACAGCAACAGGGGCGAUUCUUCUUCACAGAUUUGAACCCACGUCAUAGAACUCUGCUCAGUUUGUACUCUGCUUAACUGCCUUGCCCUUUCCACCACUAGGGGUAUUACCAGUGACCAGCAGUCAGCCAAUCACAGAAUGUCUAGGUGUUGUCCAAAGGGAAAACUUGUGCUAAAUAUGGCAUGCUCAUUAGUAUUGAGCGGGAUGGUUGUCUAUGAACAUACCAUAACCUUCCAUCUUUUCCAAAUUUGUUUAUCAGGUACCAAAUUUGUCAGCCUGCAUGCCCUUUAUAUUUGAAAUCUAGGUGCUGCAUGUUGAUUAGCUUGUACCCAAAUAUGGCAAGCUCAUUGAUAUUCGUAAGUAAGAUUGGUCAAUAGUGCAGCCUGAAGGGUGAUUAAGCAGAGGUAAUUCCAGAGGAGUUUCUGCGACACGGAUCAGCUGUGCUUAGGAGAAUGGAAGGGUAUGCUUUAACACAAGUGUUAUGUGCCUGCAAUGGUAUUUGUCUGUAAGAGCAAGUGGUGAAGCCUGGCAACAGUUGCUAAGGUGUGUCAAAGCUUUGACAAAUUGAGAUGAUAUGUCAGAAAACUUCACUCUUGUCCUAACAUUAUAGCGCUGUUGAGAUUCUGUAGUGGAAGGAUAUAUGUAUAUAUCUAUAUCAGGAAUGUCAGCUGUGAACAGCAGACCUUGUCUCUCAUGUCUUGAGAUUCGGAAAUGACAUGUGCUGCACUAGUUUGCUGCUAAUUCCCUGUGAGCUUCAUGAACCUCAGCUUACAUGUGCAAUGACUAUGCAGUAUGCAAUGUGCAAUGACUAUGUACAAGUACAGUACAGGGUUGGAAGUCUUUGAUGCUCUCAAAUCACAUAUCAGAGGCCCCCCGCGGAAUAUUAAAGAAGAAUCUGUAUGAGAAGUCUUGUAAAAACUUUAAAAAGUCUUAGUGUAAAAUAUAGAUAUUUCAGCAGCAAAAAAAAAUGUUCAUAUGUAUAAACUAUGUGCAGUAUGUGAAGUAAAUGUUGAAAUCU